GUGAGUGGGGUCCAAUCGCGCUGCUGCUUCUUUCAUCGAGCGUCCCAACUCGUCCAAAGCAACCCACGAAUAAGUUCUUCAAGUGGUACUCUGGGUUCUAUUCACACUAGCCACUUUACAAUGAUUGCUUUUUUUUUGUCUGAUAUUCUUGUCACGGCACUGGCAGAAUGACGUCACGUACACGGAGUCCGUGGUGCAUCUAAACCACCAAGCUCAGCAAACCCAGAGUCAGUAAUUAUUUGAACUCUUGAUACUCAGGAUACCACGAUUAUUGAGCUGUCAAGCGUACGAUCCAUUAGACUCAUCUCGAAAAUGCAACACCUGACCAUUGAUCCGAGAUCAACGAAGGCCCCAACACGGGACCUCCCAUCCUCGACAAUUGUACCAUCGGAACUGCCAGACGCAAAGGAAAUCAAGGCCCACCCGUCCAAGUCUGGCGGCGAGAAUGCUUCUCUCUACUUUGUCGGGACGGCGACAACAAUCCUGGAAUGGGAAGGCAUUCGCUUGAUGACAGAUCCGAAUUUUCUCCACGCAGGCGAUCAUGUUCACCUCGGUCCCGGAGUCUCUGCUACUAGAAAGACCAAUCCUGCAGUAGACCUGCAUGAUUUACCACGAGUUGAUGUAGUUUUGCUGUCGCAUUAUCAUGGGGACCAUUUCGACCAAAAAGUCGAAGCUUCGCUCAGGCGUGAUUUACCAAUCAUCACCACACCACAUGCAAAGUCACACUUGACAUCAAAGGGCCCCGAGGACUCUUUUACGGAUGUCUUUGAGCUUGAUGUCUUCCAGCAAAUGUUGAUUGAUAUUAACAAUGAAGGAAAGCAACAUCCUCGAAUUAGAGUCACGGCCAUGCCGGGGAAGCAUGUUCCGACUAAGCUCUUGCAGACUCUGAACGAUAUUGCUCAGGCAAUCCCUCCGACGAACGGCUGGAUGGUCGAGCUAGGCUACGGCCAACCAGGCGCUACGAACCCGGACUUUGAAACCGGAUACAGAAUUUACAUCUCGGGGGAUACUCUCAUGGUCGACGAAUUGAAGGAGAUUCCGAAACGAUUCGCAGGAGAGAAGAUCGAUCUGAUGCUGAUUCAUCUUGGGGGUACUACCGUUCCCAGUCCCGCGAUGUUGCCGAUGGCUGUUAUGGUUACGAUGGACGCGAAGCAGGGACUGGAGCUGGUUCAGCUCAUCAAGCCGGAUCUGACGAUCCCGAUCCACUAUGAUGAUUACAAUGUGUUCGCGAGUCCGUUGGAAGAUUUCAAAAAGGCGAUGGAAGAGGCGGGGUUAGGCGAUAAGGUUGUUUAUUUGGAUAGGAAGGAUCAGUACAAGUUCAAAGUAAGGGGUUAAUAUUGAGGGUGUAUUUGAUGGGGAAGCUUGGUUUUAUACUAUACUGUUUACGAAAGGAUCAGAUAAUCAGAACUAAUAU